AUAUUAAUUUAUUCCCGAUGAUCAGGGAAGCCAUAGCGCAAUUUGUGUGUGAUAGAUGAUACUCCAUUUUUUAAAACAUAUAUGUACAUGAUUCUGAUAGAGGCCAACGUGAGAAAAAUGCGAUGGUUUUAUUUUGUUAAUUUUACAGUUUUUACAUAUCAAUCUCUCCCCUUUUCUUUUCUUUUUUACUCUUCCCUACCCCCACCCUCCCCCCUCCAACGAUCGACCCAGCGCAGCCCACGGACACACCCCCUCUUUCAUCAGCUGAUUUUCAAGAUGGCUUCGACACCAUCUAACUUUAUCGUUGAAUCUACAAAACUCCUCCAAACCUACUCAGGGAGGGAUAAGAUUGUGAGGACUGUCUCAUAUUUAUCACUUAUGCUAUCUGGAAUAUCGAAAAGCAACGGGAAUUCAAAGAAACUUCUCAUAAUCAGCCAGCAGUUGAGUCUUUGCCGGACAAUUCUUCGCCGUUUUGAUGACAUACCUAUGCUGUCGUACACCCUCUCCUACGGCCUGGGACGCCGGGAAACUAGUACACUCAUGCAGUUGGUUGGGGUGGCAAAGAACUUGGUGGAUCAGAUGUUCUUCGUCCUUGAGCACAUAGCAUGGGCAGCGGACACUAAACUUAUCAAUACUCAAUCCGCACGAUGGUGGCACCUUUCUGUGACAGCGUGGUUGAUCUCGCUUUCUCUUGGAAUCGUCAAAGGAAGUGGUGAUGUCAUUGGAUUGCAAAGACAAAGAAAGAUGGCCUUUCAUGAAGCCAAAGGAACUGAAGGUGGUAAAAUCCCCAGGGCUUCUGACCUGACGAAGGAUCAGACCACAGUAGUUCUAUACAUGCUUGCUGAUGCCUUUGACAUGUGCAAUGCCAUUCACUGGAUGCCCGAGGGAUUCUUAUGGGCGGGGAAAGUCCCGGACCGUUGGGUCGGUCUCUUUGGCACCAUCUCGUCGCUCAUCAAAUUAAGCUUGUUCAUUGAGAGCAGGAGGUAGUACUGAAAGAAACACAGUCCCAUUUGGAACCGCUUCCUGCCAGUAUUUGCCUAAGUAUCGACCUCGACCUUGGGGGACGAUUUUCAUCCAGCAGCCUUGGCUGUGGAAGGACUGAACUAAGACCUACUCCUGAUGACAGGCUCCGAUAAUAUCUCAGAGAUGAAGUCAUUCUGGUACUAUGAAAGAAUUUAGUAAAAUUGAUGCAUUCAGUCUGCUUUUAUUCAGAGUCAUUAAAAAUGGCAUUACAUGACAGGUGCCAUUUUCGGUUAUUUUUUAAUAAUCUUUGUUGCCUUUUUAACCUUAUUUUAACUGGGCUUUAUUAGACCAAGUACAGAAUCAGGGUCAUGAAAUGUCCGAUUGAUAUAAAAUUUUGCACUGCAUAAUGGCCUAACUAAAAGCAUUUCAGACCACUAAUGUCUUCUUAAUCACUUUUGCCUAUUACCGGUAAGUCAAACAGAGUUCUGUAGUCCCAAGAUAGAGCUUUGACUUUGGUAGUCCCCUGUAUUUCUAUUUUGUUGAAUAUUUCCCCUCAAAUUAUUGAAACCAAGAAUUCUGUGCGUGUAUCAUUUGUUAGAAAUAGUUAUAUUUCAUAUUGUACUACCUCUACUCAAGUUAUUGCAUUAUAUUUCACUGUUUAUUCUAUCAACUUCAUUCUGAAAUGACCGACAUUCUACUUUAUACAGACUUGGAGAGCAUUUCAUGGUAAGUUUUAUCAAGGAUUUUCACAGAUGAAUUUGCUCUCAGCCAAUCAGGUGCAAGGAUUUGCAGUAGCUUGUAACAUCUGUUGAUGAAAAUCACCCGCAAAACUUUUCAUGAAUGCUCCCUUGAUGAUGCCACCCCAAUCCAUAAAACUACCUCCCCCCUACCUUAGUAUGAAAUUACCCUUUUAACCUAAUUUUUGUGUGACAUUAUAUAUACACCAUAUUGUGAAGAUGUAAAUGCAUGAUAAUUUUAUUCUUUUCUCUCAGUAUACAAUUGUAAUGUGUUUGUCAUGGUGUAGGGAGUAGGGACACAUGGGGGUGGGGGGGGGGGGGGGGGUGGAAGAUGAGCCCCCAAAAGUCACACUUAUUUUCUUUCUACUUCUAUAUGAGCAGGAAUCAGUCAUGAUGGGUCGUAAUACAUGUACAUUGAAUUAAGUAUUGCUCCCCGGGCCACAUUCUAUUUCCCUUUAUGGAGUAGUCAUUUAAAAGGAUCAAAAUCAAAAUGAUGUUUCUAUUAUUCAAACAGUAACACUGCCCCACAAUUUGUAUAUACUGGAGGAUUUUAUUUGAUUUCAUAUUUAUGUUUUAGAUUUUAUUUUUAUUAAUUGAAGAUUAAUUUUUAGAAAUUUACAUUCGUUUUUUAGAUUUGAAUGACUAAAUACUUUAUGUGAAAUGUGUGAUCUAAAUCUGAUAUCAUCAAGUUUUGCUUGUUCUUUUUCUUCUGUAUGGCAUCUCUAUGUCGACAUGCAAGUAUUAAAUGCCUUGUUACAGGCAUGCACGGUGAGAGCAUCACAUCAUGCAAUAAACACUGCUAAGUAAAUUCUCAUGGAUGGUAACAAAUGCAUGCUUUUCCCAACAGACCUGUUGAGAAAUGAUUUCAUUUGACAUGCUAUGACAAAAAUAUUUGUAAAUGUACUGCAAUCAUUUAUGAAUAUAUGUCUAUUUUUGUGCUGGGCACACUAAUAAUUCUGGUAUUUUCAUUAUUCUACAUGAAAUUUUGUGUGUGAUAUUAUUGAUUUGUAGAUAUUAAUCAUGGAUUUUAGAAAAAAACUGUGCAAGUCAAAAGUUAAAAAAAAAAAAUUACACAAAGAAUCUUGUUAUAAUAAGGGUAGAGCCCUAUGAAGCUCUCUGGCUUAUUGUGGUUUCUUUAAUUGAUUUAAAUGUAUCAUUCACAUAAUAUCAUGAAAUUUAUUUGUUUCUCCGAGAUAAUAUGUGGGAUUUAGAGUUUCUCUUUCUUAAUUAAUGCUUUAUUCUUUCUUUGAUCAUUCCUUACUCAAUAUGCUGUGCAGAUAUGGAUUUUAAUUUUUCAUUUUUAGUCUCAUUUCAUUUUUUAAUGAUGCUGUCAGAUUUUAAAUUAUUGCAAAUUCUCAAAAAACAUAAAAUAUUGUUAAACCUUGAGCCCAGUUUGCAAAAAUAUGAAGUUCAGAAAGUGAAGUUUGAUAUGAAAAUCAUGUACAUGUGAAAAGCUGAAUAUUACAUAAUGUUUUUAUUUUCAUGAAUUUUGCUGAAAAUGUUCAAUUCCUGAUGAUAAACAUGAUGUAUGCAUUAAUUCAUAUAAUGAAUGAAAUAGCAAUAAAAUUGUAUGAAGGUAUUAUGUUAUAAAUGGUUAUCUGAAGAGUUAUAUUAUGAAUUUUUAUGGUUUGCAUAGUUAAUGCUUUUUAAAGCCUUGGCAGUAGCCCCCCAAAAAAAUAUUGCAAAGAUGUACACAGAUGAAUAUAAAACAAUUAUUUUUUCUUUCAGUAUUGAUCAAAAGUUUUCCUUUAGUGUACAAUAACGUCUCCAUUUAUGCACUGCUUCGGAUUCAGUCCUUAACAUUGGAUGUAAUUAAUGACUUGAGUCCACCCUCUUGUGCAUGUACAAAUUCAAAGUUUAUUGAUAUAAAUCCUGAUAUUCAAGGAUUAUCAUUAAAUAAAAACGUUAAUAUAGCAUAAACCUAAUAAUCAUAACAAGACAAAAACAAAUCAUAGAGAAAAUAGUACAUGCCCCCUGAGCAUGAUCUGACCAAGGCCCAGUAACACAAUUAAUGAUUAAUCGCUAAUUUUAAAGAGCAGUUCUGAUUGGUUCCUAGUUAGCCUACUAAGCAAAAUGCACAUCAUCUCGAUUGGCCAUUUCAUUCAGCGAUUUAAUCACUCACCUUUGUGUUAUGGGGCCCAGUGCAUAUUUGUGUACACUGGCAUUAAGAAGUAAAUCUAUUGUUUGGGGGGGGGGAGGGGUGAAAUAUUGUCACCCCCCUAUCCCACUUGAGCAGUACCACUUCACAUAUCUCCCAUUGUUGUAUCAUAUAGAUACAUCAAGAAUUUAUAUAAAUUUGUGACCAGAGGCAUACAGACGGUGGGCUUUGGGGCGCUUAUCCCCCCAAAUUUUCAUGACCAAGAAAAAAAAGAGAGAAGGUUCAAAUAAAAUAUUUUCUGAAUAUUAUGUCAAAUCUUGUUAUAAAAUGUCGCAAUUUUUGCCUGCUCACUUCU